AUGACCGUCAUCAAGGACAACACGGUGUGGGAGUAUACACGCGCCGGUCGCCUGUCGGGCACCAUCUCGCAGGCGCACCGUGCCAUCCCCGAGCCCGGGCCCGGCGAGCUGGUGAUCAAAGUCCGCGCGGCGGCUCUCAAUCCCGUAGACGAGCAGCUGUACGUCGCCGUUGCCCCACACGCAUCCAUUCUGACAGACAGCGCGCAAGCCCCGCCCACCUUCCUCAACCUGACGGGCUGCACCCCGCCCACGCCCACGACGCCUCUCGUUCCAGGCAUCGACUUUGCUGGCGUCGUCCACGCCUCCAAGUCCGCAGCCUACGCCGUCGGCGACCAAGUGUACGGCCAGCGCUUCAGCCCCGCCGGACAUGGUUUCCUAGCGGAGUACGUGACGGUGCAUGCCUCGGCGCCGUUCGUCAAGAAGCCCAAGGAACUUUCAUGGGCAGAAGCUGCCGCCGUCCCCCUCGUCUACACGACAGUGUAUGACGCGCUUGUCGAGUGGGGCCGCCUGCCUUUCCUCACGGGCGGGGGGCGGGGGCUCAGCGUCCUCGUACUCGGAGGGAGCAGCGGGACGGGACAUGUGGCCGUGCAGCUCGCGAAGAAGAUGGGGUGUAACGUCGUCGCAACGUGUUCCGGGAAAAACGCGCAGAUGGUCAAAGACCUCGGCGCCGACGAUAUCAUCGACUACACGACGCAGCAUGUGCCCCAAGCCGCGCUGAUGUCGCAGUAUGCGCCGUACGCCGUCGUGCUCGACUGUGUGGGCGGCACAGCCCUCCUCCCGCACCUCGACCACCUGCUCCUCAACUCGGCGGAACACCCGCAGCUCGGGAUCUACGUCACGAUCGUGGGCGACAAGACGAGCCGCGACGCCAUGGGUGGCGCCGCUACUAAUCUGUACACGCCGGCACAGGUUGUGCGGACAGCGCUCGGCAGGCUGAAUGACUACUUGCCGCGCUGGACGCGCACCUGGACCGGGCGGAGGUACGCGUGCAUCAUGCUUGAUCCGACGAAGGAGAAGCUCGAGACGUACGACAAGUUCUUGACGGCUGGGGGCAAGGUCAUGGUCGAUGGGGUGUGGGGCUUUGACGAGGCGCGGGAGGCAUACAAGCGUCUCGAGAGCGCGCGGGCAAAGGGCAAGGUGGUGGUUGAGGUGUCGAAGGAGUAG